GGGUUGCCAUGGCGAUUUCUCCAUCUGGUAUAAACCCGGCAGUUGGCUCAAAACUCUCUCCUGGUUCUCCAGAGGCUCUUACACUAGCCAACUGGAUCUGCUGCAGUUAUAGUUAUUAUUUGGGGGCAGAGUUGCUGAGAUUUGAUUCUCUCAUUGGUGAGUCAGUGCUUAAACAUUUGUGGCAUCAUCAGGAUGCCAUUUUGUGCUAUUCUUUGAAGUCGGUGCCGGUGUUUAUCUUUGCAAACCAGGCUGGCCUUGACAUGUUGGAAACAACUUUGGUGGCUUUACAAGACAUCACAUGGGUAUUUAGAGGAAGGUAAUUCAUUAAGUAUGCAAAAUUGUAACAA